AUGGACAGGUCUCAACCACCAGACGCCUUUUCGAAAACAUUAGAGAGUAAACCUCGACAUUCGCACAUUCAUCAACUAAAGCAACACUAUGCGCAAGAUGGCAAUGAAAGCUUGGAGGGUGGUGGUUCGACUGUAAAUAGACUUUCGCGUGUCUUUGAGACAAAUCAGCUAGUAGAUAGACAGCUGAGGCCUCUGCCACCCUCAAAACCUCCGUCGUUAAGCAAGCCCUCCAUUGCCAUCAAAUCAUCCCCAAGGCAGCCUCCACCUCCACCUAUGCAACAGCAACAGCACAGACCCUCACAACAGCAGCUCAAGCCAGAGGCCGAGAUUGAUCAAACGCCUCUCGCAUUCAAAGAUAUUCGAGCAAGAUUUCAACAGGAUGAUGCGCUACCUAUUCGAAACCAACAGGCAAGUUUUCUUACCAAAUACCGAACUCCCAUACCAUUAAUGCCUUCAAAAACGGGUCCGCCCAAUCUUCCCGAGAAAGUAAUCAUUGCAGCAAAGACAGGACCUCCAGCUCUUCCAGUCAAACCAAAAAUGAAUAGCAUCAAUGCAAAUAGAUAUCCAGAGCAACUACACCAACAAUUACCGUCUUUCCGAACAUACCAUUAUCAACAGCCAACACAAUCCCAUUUAUCCAUAGAUACCUCAACACCCGCCGCUUCUCCUUCUGACGACUACAAGAGUUUGCCUCAUUUGCCUGUAGCAUCGCCCGCGUCGUCCAUGCUUCAUAUACCUAGUGUGAUAUCCCGAACAGCGACAGGAAAUAGCAGCAUUAUCAGCAGCACAUCCACGUCUUCGCAAAACUCUACAUCUACCAGUUCGAAACGAGGAUGGCAUAUUAGUUCUUGGUUUACGAAUCAACAACAACAGCAACAAGAGCAACAUGAACAACUGAAAAACUCUAUACGCAGAUCUGAUUCGAAUGUCAUGGCAGACAUGGACACCUUGGAUCCGCUAUCGCCUGAAGUCACUGGAUUUUCUUCGAACGCAACAUCAAAACGAAUCAAAGUCAUUGACGAACUACUGGAGACGGAGAAAGCAUAUCAAAAGGACAUGUCGUUGCUCAAGUCAAUCUACUACGAUGGCGCAAUGAAUGCAGGAUUGUCCAAGGCUGAUGUUCGGCAUUUAUUCUCGAAUUUGACUGAAAUUGUAGAAUUUGAAAAGACGUUUGUUACUUUACUGGAACACUCCUGUGAGCAGGACUCGGUGGGAACCUCGUUUAGAGAAACAAUGCGUGCGAUCGAUAGUAUAUACAGUGAAUAUUGUAAGCGACAUGAGGACGCCGUUUUGAAGCUGCAGGAGCUAGAAGUGCAGCCCGAGAUCCAGGCCUUUCUGAAUGAGUGCAAAGAGAAGAUCCAGGGAAAGACGACAAGUUGGGAUUUGGGUAGUUUAUUGAUCAAACCCGUGCAGCGAGUACUCAAAUAUCCUCUUCUACUGAGAGAGAUCUUGUCUUUGACGCCGCCAACACACAGCGAUCAUGACGACCUAUCAGCCGCCGUCAAAGAGAUUCAAGAGGUGGCAGACAAUAUCAAUGAAAUCAAGAGACGAAAAGACAUUGUGGAGAAGAUUGUUGGCGAUAAAAAGAAGACGGAUAUAAGUAUGGAUGUAGCGUAUAUGUAUAGAGAACCCGCAGCUAACAAUGUGGAAAAUAGACAUGGUAUCAAUAAGCGGCUCACUCGAAGAGCUCAGAAAUUCAAGCAAGUGACAGGAUUGGCAAUGGAGCCAACACAUGACAUUGUGUUUGAAGCAUUGCUCAUGAAGUUUGAAGAGCAGCAGGAAUUGGUGCGCCAACUAGCAAGAGAUGUACAGGGCUGGGUUCGACAUGUCAAGAUUGGAUUUGAGAACCUACAGCAACUAGCGUGCAGCAUGGAAUCACUGUAUGGCUCCUGGGGAGGCGUGCGUGUCAAGAGCCUGAAUGGCAUCAGCGAUUUCAGCAGGAUGGCUUCGUACAUGUCUACCAACUUGUCUCGCGAACUGGACAACGAUGUGAGAGGAUUCGUGUACAGUCGCAUUGACGAUUUCCUCAAAGUGUUUGAAAACCCAACACAAGUCAUUCACAAGAGAGCCCUCAAGAUGAUUGACUACGACAGAGUGCGAGACAUGAAAUCAAAAGGAGACGCACCAGAUAAAGCGCUGCAAGAAUCAGCAGAUGCUUAUGUCUCCAUCAAUGGACAACUUGUGGAUGAAUUGCCAAAGUUCUUUAGCUUGACAGCAAAGUAUUUUGAUAUCCUGACGGGUGGAUUGGCUCUGGUGCAACUAAAAUUCUAUGGCUUGAUGCAGAGAGAAUGGAUUAAACUGGUGGAACAGAACUUGGGCAUGAAAGCGGCCAAGUCUUUCGAGGCCAUCAUUGCUCGUCAUAUGGAUGAAUUGGAUAAAGUGGAGGAUGUUGCCAAUAGAAUCACCAUCUUGCACAGAAACAGAUAUGCCAGCAGUACAAGAAGCAAUUCCUCUACUUCCUCCAUGAUGCUGAAGCAGAGAUCAAAAGACCUCUACUCACCGAGAAUGGCAUCUGAUAGUGAUCUAGGAGGCACGAGUAGCCCUUCACCGCAGUUCUUAUCUGCAUCCACGGCCACAACAACCACCUCACCCAGCCCCAUGGUUGGCAAUCUAAUUGAUCUAGAGCAGGAUGAUGGACCUGUUCCUACACCCCAAGAUUUUGACUGCAUCGUUCUCUAUGAUUUUGAAAUGAAUGAAGACGACAGACUUGAUGUAAAAAGAGGCACUAUUCUUCGAGUGAGCCAAGACAAAGACUACCUGGACCAAGAUUGGUGGUAUGCAACUACAGCCGAUGAUUUUAGAUCAGGUUGGGUUCCUAUCAAUUACUGUAAAAAACUAUAA